GUAGGAAGUUCUAUGAGAAACGCCAUUAGGCGUCGGAACCACAAAGAGCGUUCACAACCUUUGAAUCGACAGAAGUUGGGAUUCUUAGAGAAGCAUAAGGAUUAUGUCAAAAGAGCUAGAGAUUAUCACAGCAAGCAAGAUAGAUUGAAGAAACUUAGAGAGAAAGCAGAAUUAAGGAAUAAAGACGAAUUUUACUUUGGUAUGGUUGGAAAGAAGACCCAGAAAGGUCAACACUUUCAGGAUAGAGGAAAUACUCCACUUCCUAAUGAUUUGAUUAGAGUUCUGAAGACACAGGAUACUGGAUAUAUACACAUGCAACGUGCAAUCAAUAAUAAAAGGAUAGACAAAUUGAAGUCGAACCUUAGUAGCUUAACCAAUAUUAAAGAACUAGCCGAUGAAGAGCGCAGGUUUGAUUUAGGUAUCGAUGAAUAUCAAGAGUUUGCGCUUAAAGCAGCUAGUUUGAUACCAUCAGAUGAACCAAAGAACUCACGAAGACGAUCAAGGAGUGAUUGGAAAUCACACAUCGUUUUUGCAGAUCCUAAUGAGCCAAACGUAGAAGAUAAUCAGGAUACUCAAGAAGAGGCAGCUGACAAUGAUGAAGAUGAGACAGUUGACUUGGGAUGGAAAGAAAGUAAGAAGGACAGAAAGCGCGCUUCUAAAGCCGCAGCCACUGUCACAGUGGAAGAAGAUAAAGACGCAAUUGAUGGAAAUGACGCUUUCGAUGAUGAAGUAGUAGGAGAGACACAGCUCAAAAAGACCCUAAAUGAACUUACCCAGAGGACGUUUAGACAGGAUGCUCUCGACAGGGCCGCGAGAGAAUUGGAACUCACGAAGGCACUUAUGGGCAAGGGUGCCAAACAGAAGCUAGAGAAAGGCCAGAAGACUAGGAUCGAAGACGGUGAACAGGAAGACCGUGAAGGUAAAGCUCGCGUAUUCAAGUGGAGAGCAGAGAGAAAGAAGUAGUUAUAUAGAAGUCCUAAUGCAUAAAUUAUUUCUAUGGUCUAAAAU